AUGCUGUCACAAGCAGGAAAGGAGAUCUAUAUCAAAGCUGUCAUCCAAGCUUUGCCAACCUACACAAUGUCUGUGUUUAAACUUCCUAAUUCAUUGCUUCAUGACAUCAAUAGGGUCAUUAACAACUUCUGGUGGGGGCAGCAGAGUAGUGAAAACAGAAUUCAUUGGAUUUCAUGGAAAAGGUUGGAUAAGGCAAAAACUGAAGGGGGAAUGGGUUUCAGGGAUUUUGAAGCGUUUAACAAGGCUUUGCUGGCCAAACAAUGCUGGAGGUUGAUACAACACCUUGAUUCCCUUGCUGCACAGGUGCUUAAAGCCAAGUAUUUUACUAGUACCAACUUUCAAGAGGCAAAAAUAGGCUCCAAGCCCUCCUAUGUUUGGAGAAGUUUCUUAGCUGCAAGACCACUAGUAGAGGCAGGAUCCUAUUGGAGGAUAGGUAAUGGUCAUCAAGCUCAGGUAUGGAAGGACAAAUGGAUACUCUCUUCUAAUCCUAGUAAGGCCCAAAGCUCUGUGAAUGUUCUGACCAAUAAUGCAACAGUCUCAUCUCUCAUCGACACUACCACUAAGCAGUGGAAUUAUGCACUGGUGCAGUAG